CAAUUUAGAAAAGUAAUUGAUACAUUUUUUUUGCACAAAUAUUGUAAAAGUGAAUCUUCAAUUUAUAUAUUAAUACGAGUUGACACGAUAAAUGUUGCUAAAUACUUGCAGUUUUGGCACGGAUGUCAUUUCGAGGUUGACCCUUGUCUCGAGUAGAAGUGUUUAAGGUCCCAAUAUUUUUUUAGGUUACGCCUGUUACACCUACUCCAAAUAGUUACCAGUUGAACUUAAAAUUUCAAAUUGAGACGUUUUUUCAUGAGAAUUUUUGAAAUGUGGAAAAAACCUGGAGCGUGUAAGACAAGAUUUUUGUUCUUAUUUGGUCUCGUCCUCCUUCUUCUCGGAAUUAAGGAGUCUCAAUCUGCCUCACUGCACAAAACGACGCAACAAGUGGUCACUGCAAUUUUGGGAAAUGAUGAGAUUUCUCCAAAACCCAGAAUUUCCAUAGGACAUUAUUCCCCAGAGGAUAAGGACCCCUUAAAGAAAGUGAGCCUUAUCAAGACCACGGAUAAGCCUAAGGAUAAGCCCAAACCAGACGAAGGCGACGACGCCAUCGUGGACACACUCUUCAGAAACGUGUCGACCUUAUCGCGACGCGAGGCCCGCCUCAUAAUCGGGGCGUUAGAUCGUAAAACCUGUUUCGCCAAGGUUCUCUGCGGUCUGGGGAGUAAAGAACCCACGACAAAUACGGAUCUUAUCAACGACUAUGCUUAUCUUGUCGGGGAACUUGUCGUAAAUUCUGAAGAAGACACAAAAUCCACGAUUCUUGGCGAUUUUUGGGAUGAAUUCGGUGCCCUAAAAGAACAACAAGAUCUCGACUACUCAUCGGACGAAGGAGAUGACGACACUCGUCGCAGAUCGGACGUCGUCGCCCCCAGGAAAAAUUACGUCCCCCCAUUCGUCCCCCCGUUCCAACGUCAUUUUCGAAUUCGUCGCCCUCCUCCGCCCCCCUUGCUUUUCGCCCGAUUCGCCCGUCAGUUGAGUGGAGGGAGGCAGUGUCGCCAGCUCAUGGAGAGGAACGCGUGUCCCUACAAUGACACCCAGAUGGGGCAAAUUGUCACCAAAUUGAGACAAAUUAUCAGAGGGGAAGACAUUCUGGGGACAUUUGUUAAGGGAGCUUCCAACUUCAUGUCGGUCGGAACGGGUGGGGGUGGGGCUGGUCAAUCAUCUUCGUCGUCCCCUAACAGGAUGAAUUUGAUCAUCAAUAUUCAUAAUAACUUGACUCAGCCUGCUCCACAACGACAAGAAUCGGCUGGAUUUGCCGCAGUUCCAUUAAAAUCGUUCUACCAAAGUCGUGACACUGGGUCACUCCUGAGGUCAAAUGAUACUCUCGAAGAUAACAAUGACACCACGACCUCAUCCUCAUCCUUCAACCCCUUCGUCCUGCUCCCAUUAGUCGCAUCCACACCUCCCCCCUCAUCCUCCCCUCCUCCCCCACCACCACCCCUCGAUCCACUCCAACAACUCGUCGGCUUCCUUUAUUCCGUCGGAUAUGCCGGGAACGACACCAGCCCCACGACGAAAGUUCCCGUGUUUCCGCCCAGACCAACGGACGAAGACGAUUCGGAGGAAGAAGCCAAGAAAAUCUUGAACAGAUUGACGACCCAGAACAAUAAAAAAGUGGUGGACAAGGAGGACGAGGAUGAAGUUGAAGAUGAAGAAAGUGAUGAGGACAAGGGGAGAAAAUCAGGGAUAGAAAUCUCAUCCCCAACGGAACCUGACUUUAUCCGAAUAAAAUCGUCUCAGCGGACGGGCAGGUUUCACCAUCCGGUCGGCCAUGGGAUCAAUCAUCACCACGUGGCUUACGUCCCAGUCGGGCCACCCCCACAGACAGAAGUCCCCAUUUUGCUGAGGGCCUUCAGGUUCUUCUCCUCCAUUAUGCGAGGUGGUCCCAUCGGAUAAAUCACCUGAAAAUCCAACUCUAAAUUAUUUUUGGGAACGUUUUACACCGUAAAUUAUAUAUUUUUAUUUCCAUUCUUCCUAAAAAUUUUAAAAUAUAGGUUACUUACGUGUAGUGUAUCGAAAGUAAGAAGAAAACAGGGUUAUUUUAGUAGUUAAAUCAAGCGAUAAAAAUUUUGAAAAUUUCUGAAAUUUCUUCUCCAUUAUGUGAAGCGGUCCCAUCGGAUAAUUCAACCAAAAUUCAACUCUAAAUUAUUGAAAUUAAGAAGAAAACGGUAUGUUUUUUGUAGUUAAAUCAAGCUAGACAUAAAAAUCUUGAAAGUUUCUGAAAGUAAGUACUUCUUGUCCCAUCGGAUAAUCAAAAUCAGAUUAAAAUUCAACUCUAAAUUAUUUUUGGGAACGUUUUACACCGUAAAUUAUAUAUUUUUAUUUCCAUUCUUGUUAAAAAUGUUAAAAUAUAGGUUACUUACUUUUUUAGAAUGUAUCGAAAUGAAGAAAAAAACAGUAUUAUUUCAGUAAUUAAAUCAAUUUGUAUGAGUUUUCAAAAUUUCUGAAAGUCUUCCUAUCCCAUAAAAAAUUUGGAGAAAAUGAGGUCCGUCCCAAAAUCUUAAAA